AAAAUUCAACAUUUUUUUCUAGGAAAGGGCCGUUUGUAUUCUCAUGUAGUCAUUAGGUGUUGUUAAUUAUACGUAUUAGACAUUCCACUUUGUGGAUAUUUCAUCUUAUCCAUAGCAGCAUAAGAGUGUAGCACACGAUCAUCAUCAGACACUCUUUUUCAUCAUUUUUAUUUUUUGAAAGAAGGAAACUGUUUUCACAAUGUCUGCCAAUGCUGCCGCCCAGAGUAUACCAAUACGUCGUAUUCAGGUGCGUCAUCCAUCUGAGAUUCCAUUAGAUUAUGGGACAACUCCAGGUGGCACCAUGUAUUCAACAACACCGGGUGGAACGAGGAUAAUAUAUGACAGGCUCUUUUUGCUGAAAUGUCGUGAUUCGCCACUGUCUAAAACCCCACCGGCAAAUCUGCCUGACAUACCAGGGGUAACCACCCCAGACAGAUCACCAGCAAAGCAUGUCAUUGGGAAAAUCCCAGAAGAAGGAAGGGAAAAUGGAGAGCAAGAAGGCCAACGGUACAGACGACCAAACUUUUUUCAAUAUCCACAUCCACCUGUACAUGAUGCAAAUAACAACACCUAUCUACAAGUCCCUCCUCCUUCUUUUCCUGUACAACACAACUACAGGGGACCUCUGGCGCAAUAUCGUCGACGUCAAUCUAUAUCGCAGAUGAGACAAGAUUGCUAUCCUCCGCAUUGUGCUUUUAAUAACUUCCAUCCUCCUCCAAUGGACCCACAAUUUCGAGGGAUAUUCAGUCCUCCGCCUGGUUCGAUGGAAUGUCCUUUUACUCCACCUCCCAUUUUUGUUCAUCCUAUUCAAGGACCAACUGGUCCUGUAUUUGAUCAGCGACCAAUGGAGCAGGUCAGUCAACUUGAGCGAUGGAGACGCACACAUUCAAUCAACAGUUCUGAGACAACUGGUUAUACCACUGCAAAAGCUCCGCAGCUCAACUCCAGCUUUCCCUCUCCAAAUAUGGAAUGCUUUCCUCCUAGGAUCAGCACACCGGCAUCCGGUUAUACCACUGCUCAAACUCCAUUGCUCAAUUCAAGCUUUGCUUCAUCAGGUGGGGAAUGUUCCAGUCCUCGGAUGAACUUCGGUCGUGGGAGAGGAUUUCCAAGACCUCACGCGCCUUAUCCUGCGCUUAAUAAAGUCUUUAAUAUCUUGCAACCCACGAGGAACAAAAGUAGUCGGGGAGAUUCUGCUUAUGAUUCUUCAUACAGUGAGAAUGAUCUUGUUAUGGUUAUUCCUGAUGAUCCAAGCAUCAUAGCUUACAAGCCACUUGAAAAGCAGAAAGUUGAUGGAAACUCCAACUACACUCCCCUGUUUUCUCCAAUUCCACAGCCUAUGGGUGUGAAGAUGUGAAUGGAUGGCAAUUUUGUAUGAUUUUUCUCAAGCAUAACUUUAAGCUGUCAUCUUGCUUUGUGGUGGUAUCUUUUGACUAACUUUAUAUUCUAAUAAGUUCCUGACUGUUAUGAUUUUUACUUAGUGCUCCCUAGUGUGUUUUUUUUACUUUGGUUUUGCAAGGGUUUAUAAGUUGAUGGAAACUCCAACUACACUCUCCUGUUUUCCCCAAUUCCACAGCUCAUGGGUAUGAAGAUGUGAAUGGAUUGCAAUUUUGAAUGAUUUUUCUCAAGCCUAACUUUAAGCUGGCAUCUUGCUUUGUGGUGGUAUCUUUUGACUAACUUUAUAUUCUAAUAAGUUCCUGACUGUUAUGAUUUUUACUUAGUGCUCCCUAAUGUGUUUUUUUUUACUUUGGUUUUGCAAGUGUUUCUCACAUCUCUAGGUGCUGUAGUGUAUAUAUUAUUUUUCAGCAAUGUUUCAUACACAGCCAUCUCCAAUAUUAUUUAUCCAUUUUGUAUUGUACAGUAACGUCACCAGCCUUGAGAAGUCACUCUUUGUGGCUAUUUCUCUAUGAUUUUUGUGUUUGCUUCUGUAAUAAAAUAACUGCUUGCCAGUAGUGUU